UGCCAAAUAUAAAUGAUUCCUUUUAUAUUCAAACAAAUGCCAUUGAAAGUUGGACAAAACUUGGUGUGAAAGAGAAACAUAUAAUUCUUAUAUUUGAUUUUUCAUCUAAACUCUCCUGCCAAUACAUUUAUUCUAUUUAUCCCAAUAUACAGUGUUUUAUUCUUUCUGAUUUAUCGUGUUCACAUCCAAUCUAUAAACGUCCUUUUAUCAAUUGUGUAUUUGAUAUAGCGGAGAAAUAUGCGGUGACUAAAAUAAAAGUGUAUGUUAAUGGAGAUAUUAUUUUACAUAAAAAUCUCACAUAUGUAUUAGACUUCAUGAACAAGCAAAAAGACGAAUUUGUUGCGAUAUCACAACGAACAGAUUUGCAGAUUGUAAAUAAGACAGCAAAUUUUCAAUCGGUUAUUAGUGAUGUACUAUUAUCCAAUGGUCGUUUACAUGGUCCAUCUGGUAUUGAUCUUAUAUGUUAUAAAUUAAAUGAUCAAAAUCAUACAAUAAUAAAACGUAUGCCACCAUUUCUAAGUGGCAUCUAUAGAUGGGAUAAUUGGCUGUUAAGUGAAUUUCUACUAGCCACAAAUGUAACUGUUAUUGAUAUAACAAAUUCAACUUUAAUUAUACAUCAGCAGCAGUAUAAUAUAUCAAUAAGGACAAAUCAUUGGAUCCGGUUUGGAGCUAAAUAUAAUAAUGAACUGACUCACGACAGAUCAGGCGAAAGUUAUAAACUGGGUACAAUCGAUAAUGCACAUUUAAUAUUGCGUUGUCAAUAUUUAAGAACUGAUUCUACUAAUUGUCAGUUUGAACAAAACUACAGACAAAGUGAAAAAGUUCUUGUUCAGAAACAUGCAAAUAAAGACAAAUAUAUUGUCAUCCUAGCUGUCAAUCAUGGUUAUAUAAAAAUGGCUUGGAAUUGGGUAAGCUUUUUGUUUUUCCGAAAAGUCUAA